AUGACGGAACCGCCUUCGGACAACGUGUGCUUCUCGAUGACCGCCGCCGAGCAGGCAUUCAUGACUGGCAACUUUGAGGACGCGCUCAAACACUUUUUCGUCUGCAUUAUCAUGUUGCCGGAGGCGAGACGCACCACUUACGAGGAUCAGUUCGCCGCCGCCCUCCAUGGUAUUGAUUUGGAGCCGAAAAUUGACGAAAUUAGGGGGUUCGCGCGGAGCAAAUGCCGAAAGCGGCGGAAAUUAGAGGGUUUCCAGCGGGUGUUGCUCGAAAAUAUUUUUCAUGGAAAAGUAAUCUAAAAAAACGCAAAAAUCUUCAAAAUUUUUGCAGGCUGGAUCGCGUUGAACCCGGACAAUGCGUCGCGAGCGCUGGCGCUCUACCCGCAAAUCCGACACCUUUUUCCAACGUCGAUCCGCACGAAAAUGGCGUUGGUCCGCGCCGUUCAAGGGACGGAAACGCAGAAAUGGCUGCUCCACUGCCUGCCGAUUUGCAAAGACGCCGAGGAGCUGGCGACGCGGUGGCAGGACAGGGUAGCUCUGCGCAUAGCACGCGUCAACCUCGUGAGCCAUUCAUUCCCGCAGUGGCACAUGCGCAUGAUGAACUGCCAGGUACGCGUAGUUUUCCUUCAGACUAUCUCAUUUUUUCUCUUUGCAGACUCGCAACGACGCGUUCAACCGAGCGAUCACUUUGCACAUCAAGAACCGUAACACUGUCGUUUUCGACAUCGGAUCCGGAUGCGGACUGCUCUCUGUGCUUGCCGCCAAGUUAGUAUUUUAAAAGAGAGACUGAAUGUUUUACUACAUUUACAUUUUAAAUACAUUUUUGGACCGAAAAAACGUUAAAGCCACUCUACAAAUUCAAAUUUCUUCAAUUUGCAGACAAACAAACGCGGUGGUGGCUCUGGAGCACAACACGGUUCUCGCGAAGUUGUCAAAAGAGAUACUGAAGCGAAACGGAGUGGAACAACGCGUUCAGGUGCACAACAUCCACUCGACGCAGUUCCGAACCACCCAGAAGGCCGACGUCAUCGUCUCGGAGACGUUGGAUUGCUCGGCGUUCGGCGAGCGAAUCAUCGAGACGUUUCUGGACGCGCACGAGCGAUUCGCGCACGCCGACACCGUUUUCAUCCCGAGCAAAGUGAGCGAGCGCAAAAAAAAUUCGUCUUUAAAAAUGUGAUUAUUUCAGGUGUCCGUGUACAUCCGCUUGUUCUCGUGCCGCGAGAUCUUCGACACGCACGCGCAGGACUACGGCGGCGUGCGCUACCGCUCCGAGUUUGUGAAGACGGGCGACGCGGACCCGGAUCAGCCGUAUUGGUGCUGCAAAAAGGCAGAAUUCAAGCAAAUCGAGUACCUGACGGCACCGGAGCCGAUCAUCACGUGCGAUUUGACGAGUGUGGACGAUCUGAAGAGGUGCAUGCUCCUCAGCGAGGCACUCAAAAUCACCGCCGACACGUCGGGCGUCGCACACGGAUUCGCCAUCUUCUUCACGUUCGUUUUUGCGCAUUUGAAAAGUGUGGAGCGUGUUUCUAAAGUUUUCUAACGUAAAAUCGCCGAAUUUUUCACAACUUGACUCACGGAAACAGAUUUUUGAGCUUCCAUCGCUCAACGUUCACCUCAAAAUCCUAUUCUCCCGCCCAAAUUGUUCCCAAAUGAGAAUUUUUUCCUCUGCAGAGCGGACCUGACGGGCGAAAUCGUACUGAACUCCUCGGCCACUCGCGCGUGGGACAUUGGAAUCGUGCCGUUCAAGGAGCCGUGCGUCGUGACGGCCGGCGACGAACUGGACGUUUCGUACAAGUUGGUCAACAGCCGACUGGACCUCUACAAUGACUUUGUGAGUGAGCGAGUUCUGCAGAAAAAAUGCGAUUAGGUUGAACACAGAGUUUCUCAAAUUAUGGCCUGAGCACAUCCGCAAAGCUUACAGAUGCUUUCGGCCCAUGUCUGUGUAAAAAAAGAAUAGCAUUAGUGUUUUGUUUUUGUUGUUAUCGAUUCCCUGUUUCAGUACCCGGAAGAGCUGACGAAUGCGAGCGAGUUCGAACGACUGGGCAUCCGGUACGAGGUGGCCUCGUUGGACCAACUGGCCAAGGUACGCGACGACAGUUAUUUCAAGCAAUUGAUCGGCGAGAUCGAUCAGAAGGAACUGGCCUACGCGACCGACAUCUCCGGACAGAUUGCCGUGCAAUGCGUGCUCGACACCGUCACGCGCAAGAAGCCCCCGAGAUCGGUUUUCUGUACGUUUUCUUUUUCUCCAGACUUUUCGAUAAAAAUCCAAAUAUUUGCAGGCAGUUUCUCGACGCACGAGGGCACGCUCGAUCAGGAGACGUUCUUCCGUCUGGAGGAGAUGGUCGGCUACAAGGACUUUAUCAAAUCGGUGCAUCCGUCCCGGGUGCGCAUCAUCGGAAAGAUCUUCUACUCGGACAUUAUCCACUUCGACUCGCGGCCCAAUCCGAACGCCCACUGCGGAGUCGAUCUGACGCCGCUGCGCAGUUUCAAUUUGCGCGAGUGUCGGGACAUUCGGCUGCAUGAACGAGAGGACAUUGAGUGGGUCUCCGCGGAAUUUGAACUCUACGACUUUCCGUUCACCGCCGAGGGCUUCCGUGAGGACCUCUACACGACGAUCACGCACGACGUGAAGGUACGCACAAAGGUGCGCCACAAAUCUUUUUUUUUUUUGACAGUUUUGGAUCGGCUAGAGUAUUUUGAGCCACUUGCAAUGAUCCGAUCGGGACCACACUUUGCAGGCUUUUUGAACUCGGAUUGUAGUAUAUUGGGAACAUGUUUCAGACCGAUCCGAUUAUCUGGUCCCGAGAUAUAGCGGUUUUUUCGGUUUCCAGUAUAUCUCGGGACCAGAUAAUCGGAUCGGUCUGAAACUUGGUCCCAAUAUACUUUAGUCCAAGUCGAAGAAGUCUGCAAAGUUUGAUCGGGUCAUUGAAAGGGGCCACAAAAACGUAAUUUUUGAGGUGCCCACAAGCCGAUCGGCAGCCGACGGAAUCUUCUACGAAUUUGAAAUUCUCGGCACGCGCAACACGAAGCUCCGCCCGGCCGCCGCUUUUCUCUUUCCGGAAAGGAUCAAUCUCGAUGGCGAGGUACAGUUUCAUUAUUUUUUUGAAAUGAGGUAAAAUUCCAAAUUUUGCAGGUGACACUCACAUUCGACAUGCACAUUGGCGAAAUGUUGAUCAGUCUAAAGGAGACGUCGUCGAUCAUCUGA